AUGCGAGAGUGCGAGUACAGCCAGAUUAGCACUCGCAGUUCCACACCCAUGGAGACCCCCUACAAGAAGAGGACCCCCAAGAAAAGGAAGUGGCAGUUGUUCCCAGGACGGAACAAGUUCUAUUGCGAUGGCAGGAUUAUGAUGGCCAAACAGACUGGGGUUUUCUACCUCACCCUGGUGCUUAUUCUAGCCACCUGUGGACUUUUCUUCACCUUUGACUGUCCGUUCCUGGCUCUCCAGUUGACCCCAGUCAUCCCGGUCAUAGGGGGGGUGCUGUUUCUCUUUGUUUUGGGCUCACUGCUGCGAACAAGCUUCAGUGAUCCAGGAGUCCUGCCCAGGGCCACGCCAGACGAAGCAGCAGACCUCGAGAGGCAGAUCGACGUGGCCAAUGGCACCACUGGCUACAGACCGCCGCCCCGGACCAAAGAGGUGGUCAUCAACGGACAGACGGUGAAACUCAAGUACUGCUUCACCUGCAAAAUCUUCAGGCCGCCUCGUGCCUCCCACUGCAGCCUCUGUGACAACUGCGUAGAGCGCUUCGACCACCACUGCCCCUGGGUGGGGAACUGCGUUGGAAGAAGAAACUACCGCUUCUUCUACAUGUUCAUCCUCUCGCUGUCAUUCCUCACCAUCUUCAUCUUCUCCUUCGUCAUCACACACAUCAUUUUAGAGUCACACCGCAGUGGUUUUCUCAGCGCACUCAAAGAGAGUCCAGCCAGUGUGCUGGAGGUGGUGGUGUGUUUUUUCUCCGUCUGGUCUAUAGUGGGCCUCUCAGGCUUCCAUACCUACUUGAUCAGCUCAAACCAGACCACUAAUGAAGAUAUAAAAGGCUCGUGGUCUUCUAAAAGGGGGAAGGACAACUACAAUCCCUACAGUUACGGAAAUAUUGUCACCAACUGCUGUGCGGCUCUGUGUGGACCCCUGCCUCCCAGUCUCAUCGACAGACGCGGCUUCAUCCAAUCAGGCGUCCCGCAGAUCGCGCCACCGGCCAAUGGCAUCCCCAUGUACGGAUCCACGCAGUCCCAGCAGAGCCACAUGGUCAGUGAAAGUGAGAAUGAAAGGCAGCCACCACCCCUCUCCUCCAGCAGCAAAGCACCCAUGGUUCAUCACCACUUCCUGACACCAGAGGAGAUGCCCUCACCGCCUGGCAUGCUCCCCUGUGGCAGCCCCAUGGGCCACAGCCCCAUGGGCCACAGCCCCACGGUGCAGGCGGGCUUCUACAAUCCUGCCAGUCAGGACUCUCUGCACGAGGACUCUGUCAGAGGACUAGUUAAACUCAGCUCAGUCUGA